GCUAGUUUUGAGUAGCAAUUGGGCGGGUUUUGUUGCGAAAACCUGGCAACCCUGCAGCCGUGGACCAAACCGGUUCCGGUAGCACGUGUUCUUCCUUCUCUGACAGAGAGACAGAACGUCCCUCUAUUGUCUUCGCGUCCUGAUAUAUAGCACACGAGACUCAUAGCGAAGAGACGGCGAGCAGCUGCUGGUGAACUUCCAUGAACUGACCUGACAGCCUGUCCAGCCAGGCCCAGAUUGUGAACUGUGGGACAAGGUGGAAACUCUGGGGAGUUUUAGGUUUGUCUCCCCAUGACAUCGCGUCACCAUGGUGACCGCGGCUCCAACAGUGAUGCCGAGCGGUGCACCUCUGAUGAUGACGACGCAAUGCUCACUGAGCUUGGGCCGCUGCUGACAUCUGAAGCAGAGAAAUCAAGAGGUGCAUCAGCAUUUCCUGAUGAGGAUGAGAACGAGGAUGAAGAACAAGGACUGCGGGUGGUUACUCUCCCCAUGCAGGCACACCAUGCCAUGGAGAAGAUGGAGGAGUUUGUACACAAGGUAUGGGAAGGACGUUGGCGAGUUAUUCCAUACCAUCUCCUCCCCGAUUGGCUAAAGGAUAAUGAUUACCUGCUGCAGGGACACCGCCCACCCAUGCCGUCCUUCCGUGCCUGUUUUGGGAGCAUCUUCAGGAUUCACACAGAAACUGGAAACAUCUGGACGCACCUGCUGGGCUUAAUUCUGUUCCUGUGCUUGGGCACAUUGACAAUGCUGCGGCCAAACGUUUCAUUCAUGGCACCCGUGCAGGAGAAGGUGGUGUUUGGGAUGUUCUUCCUGGGUGCAGUUCUUUGUUUGUCCUUCUCCUGGCUUUUUCACACUGUCUACUGCCACUCAGAAAAAGUCUCUAGGACUUUCUCCAAGUUGGAUUACUCUGGUAUUGCGUUGUUAAUCAUGGGCUCAUUCGUUCCAUGGCUGUACUACUCGUUUUACUGCUCUCCUCAGCCGCGGUUCAUCUAUCUCUCUGUUGUAUGUGUGCUGGGUGUUGCUGCUAUCGUUGUGGCCCAGUGGGACAGAUUCGCCACCCCUCGGCACCGGUCCACACGUGCAGGUAAUGUGCUCACCUGCUUCUCUAAAUGUUCCACCUGCUUGAUCGAUUUCAGAUGUUGCUUAAAUCAUUUUUCCUUGUACUUAGGUGUUUUCAUGGGCCUUGGUCUGAGUGGGCUCAUUCCCACAAUGCAUUUUACCAUCGCAGAGGGUUUUGUGAAGGCAACAACAGUGGGUCAGAUGGGCUGGUUCUAUCUGAUGGGUGCCAUGUACAUUAGUGGAGCAUCACUUUAUGCAGCACGGAUACCUGAACGUUACUUCCCUGGCAAAUGUGACAUCUGGUUUCAGUCUCAUCAGAUAUUCCAUGUACUGGUUGUCGGGGCAGCAUUUGUCCAUUUUUAUGGGAUCUCAAACCUGCAGGAGUUCCGCUAUGGCCUGGAAGGAGGCUGCACAGAUGACACUCUGCUGUAAAAAAACAACAACAAAACAAAUCACUUGAAUUUUGGCUAGUGCCUGCUCACUUCACAAUGAACCUGGAUCCCACACAAUGCAGAUUAAAAGAUUUUUAUUAUCUAUUGAAGGAUUUUAACAUGUAUUUAAAUAAGGUGUUUAUUUGUUAAGAUGCUUAAAAGUCUUGAUAAAUGUGGUAGUCUUGUGUUUAUAUUGUUCUUUACUAUUUCACUGCAGCACAGAAUUUAUUGUAAAUCACUGGAAUGAGUCAUAAAGCAUUACAGAGGUCUUAAGAGACUACCUUUUCCAGCGCUUUUUCUUCUGACUGUUUCUGGUCUACUGGUUAGUGGUCCUGUACUUUAAGAAUUUUUAAGUAGGUUAAACACAUGAACAUGCUUAGGUCUCAGUUUUCUCAAACGUCUGCAUGAUCAUUCAUUAACUUUUGAUCUGAAAUGCUUGACCCAUAGCUUCAGUGGUGGGAUUCAAGUUGGGGGAAAAAAUUAUCUUUUGUUUGAGUGAAUCGGGGUUUCAGUCAAAAUACUUGCACUGGUUUUAGAAGUAAAAAUAUUUUAAAAAGAGCAAAAUAAAAAAUGAAACUGCUAGAA